AUGGCCUGCUUCAUUUCCUGCUCGCUCUUACCAGCCACCCGCCAGGCGAUUGUGAGGUGAGGAAAAAACGGUGUUUUCAGUAGGUAGGAAACAGCUCUCCUGGCGCAUGUGACUCUUAGUGAGGUCGCUUUGCAUGUUUGAUGGUCAGCGCCAUGGCCUCCACGGCGCCGCACCGGCUGACACUCCCCGCACCUGCAGGUGUGGUACCGCGUGGAGGAUGUCCGGGACGCGUGGCGCAAUCUGCUCUCGGCCAGCGACGAGCUCCGAUCCUCCGCCAACUACCGCCUGGACCUGGUGGACCUGACGCGUCAGGGGCUGCAGCUCGCCAUGGCCGCGCUCUACAAGCAGGCCGUCAGGGCCUUCAACCGGCAGCAGCGCGACCCGCUACGGGAGUCGGCGGCGCAGGUGAUGCAGUUGUUCUCUGACCUGGAGCGCAUCCUGUCCACCGACACGCACUUCAUGUUGGGGCCCUGGCUGCGCUCUGCACGAGAGCGCGCCACCACAGAGCUGGAGGAGGCGGUGUACGAGUGGAACGCGCGCAACCAGCUGACUCUGUGGGGGCCCAGGGGGGAGAUCAGGGACUACGCCGCCAAGCAGUGGGCGGGACUGGUGAGCCGGUACUACGGCCCGCGUUGGAAGCGCUACCUGCAGUCCCUGGAACUAGCUCUGCAGGAAGGCCGGCCCUUCAAUCAGACCGCAGUCUCGCACGACAUCUUCGUCAAUGUCGAGGAACCCUUCACCCUGGACAGGACCGCUUUCCCGACCGAGCCCUCGGGCGACGCCGUGGCGCUGUCCGAGGAGCUGUUCGAGCGCUGGGGCCAGCUGCUCACGUCCAAGGCCGUUCUCCGGCGGCCUCGCCCAAGGAACGGGAUCCCGGUGCCCGGGUCGGAGACCUCCACGGAGAUCAACGUGGACGCGGUGUGACGCUGCCGGGGCCGGCGGCCGGGCCCCAGGGGACGGGCAUCGCCCGGUCCCGGUCCCCCCUCUGUCCCCGAGGUCACCAGCCCGAGCACGCAUGAGCUCGCCAUGACACAACUUACAACUUUCCCUACAAUAAGUUUUCCGUAGUUGUUAUUAUUACAGUUUUAAUAAACCUGAUUCCUAUAGUUUUUA